AUGAUGAAACUCGUGCUUCCCCUCCUCGGCGUUUCGACGCUGUACGCUGCGUUCUACUUUGCCCAAAUCAAUGGUUCGCGUGAUUUAGCAUUGCAAUCCGUUACAUCGAAGACAUUACCCGGACGUGAUGAUCCUCUUCGCACUUUUUAUACGGGCAUCGAGCCCAUUGACCGGCUGCUCACGGUGCUGACGGUCUUCUUUUGGCCGAUGACCGACGGAAGCACGCCUACCUUGACCCUGCAUUCUCUUGGAUUUGCCGGAACGUUUGGCUCUGCUUGGAUGCUUCUCACUGUUGAGUCGUGGAGGAAAGGGAAUGCUUGGACCAUUGCUGCGUUCCCAUUCAUUUUCGGUAUCCUCGCUCAAACGUUGACUUUCGCUUUUGCGGCACCUCUCUACGCCGGUCUGCACCUUAUUUUCUCUAGCACUGCCAGCAGACCGAAUGCAGAGAGCAUCCGCGCUCCUCGUGCUGUCCUGAACGUGAUCCCCUACGUCUUCAUCAUCGGUUACUUAGUCCCUAGCCUGCUACUUAUCGCCCCUCUCUCGGAAACCAUCACCACGGACGUGAAGCAGAUUAUCAUCGCAGCCUGGCAACCCUGGCCGUUGUACAUUUCCAUCCUGACUACCGUCGCGCACAUCCUCUUCUCGCCAUUCGUGAGCAACGACAAGACCAUCGACGGCGGCCGUGCAACCCUCGGCUCCCUCCGCAAGGUUUACGCUGUUGCAUUCGCCAACACUGCCAUCAACCACUUGAUCCCCUGGACCAUCUCUCUGUUCACGAUCUUGGAGCCUCGAUUCUUCAACAAGGAAUUCGCGGAUGCCCUUCACCCUUUGAAUGUCUUCCAGCUUCCAUUGCCUUGGGCCCAGCCAACAUUACAGAUCACCGAACUUGGUGCUGGCGUGCACGUCUUUCUCCGAUGGGACUAUGUCAUUGGUUCUACGGGAGUUCUGCUCUGGGCACUGAGCUUGCAUCGUAAUGCACACCGCGCGAUCCUCGGUAAGGCUGGUGGUCUCAGACUGUUGAUUAAGGUUGCAUUGCUGUCUGUUGUUGCGAGUCCCGUGGGAGCCGCUGUGGAGCUGAUGUGGGAGAGGGAUGAGUUGGUCGUUCAUGAGACUGGGGGUUUGAAGUCGAGGGUUUCUGGCUCUAAGAAGUCUUCUUGA